UCAUGCUGCUGCCAGGUCCAGAGUCUCUCAUGGGUCCCUGUACGGCCUCCCAUUGCUGCUGUCUCCAUCGCCACACUCUGCCAUGUGCCACUUUCAGGUCUCCUCACACUGCUGGUGUGUUCCAUUUUUUGUCAUAGGGUGCUGCAGAUUACGGGCCUCCCAUAGCUGCUGCCAGGCCCCUAAUCUGCCAUGGGCCCCUAUACCGCCUCCUCAUGCUGCUGCCAAGUCCAGAGUCUCUCAUGGGUCCCUGUACGGCCUCCCAUUGCUGCUGUCUCCAUCGCCACACUCUGCCAUGUGCCACUUUCAGGUCUCCUCACACUGCUGGUGGGUUCCAUUUUUUGUC